UUGCAGUCCCACAAAUUGAUCCUCGGCGUGGAUGUUGCAUUACCAUACGACCCGCGUCCAACCCGGGAGUAGAUCUACCUCUUCAGUUUAUUGCAAACGAGGAGGAGACUGCCUCUAGUCAGAAGCGGCAAGAUGUCAUUAAAAGUACCCAAGGCGGGCGGGCCGUCGCUCUUCAAAGAUGGUUACAAGCACCUUCAAGGCAUUGAGGAGGCCGUGCUGCGGAACAUUCAGGCCAUCAACGAACUGUCAGAAAUUGUGCGUACAUCCUUUGGACCAAACGGGAGGAACAAGAUGGUCAUCAACCACCUCGAGCGGCUCUUUGUCACCAACGAUGCAGCGACCAUCAUUCGCGAGUUGGAGGUGGUCCAUCCCGCAGCAAGGCUCUUGGUCAUGGCGAGUCAGCAGCAGGAGGCCGAAAUGGGAGACGCGACCAACCUCGUCCUCAUCUUUGCUGGAGAGCUCCUCAAGAAGGCAGAGUACCUGAUCACGAUGGGUCUCCACCCGAGUGAAAUUCUGCAGGGCUACGAGCUGGCGAGGGACAAGGCCCUAGAAGAACUUGAGACUCUCUCGGUUGCAUCACUCAGCUCACCUCCCUCGGUAGAGUCGCUGGCAUUGGCGAUUCGGCCAUCGCUGGCAUCCAAGCAAUACGGGCAAGAGGAUAUUCUAGCACCGCUUGUCGCUCAGGCAGUUUCGCUCGUCUUCCCGACGGCCGUCGAGAAGCAGACGGCAUCAGAGGUGAGGACCACUGGCGGCCUAUCCAACAUCAACGUCGACAACGUUCGCGUCGUCAAGAUCAUGGGCGGGUCCUUGUCAGAGUCGCGGGUCGUGCGCGGGAUGGUCUUUGGCCGGCAGCCGGAGGGCAGUGUGCGCGCCGUGCCCGAGGGAGGCAAGGUGGCGAUCUUUACAUGUGGCAUGGACAUUUCGCAGACGGAAACCAAGGGUACCGUGCUGCUGCACAAUGCCAAGGAGCUCAGCGCGUUCACGCAGGGCGAAGAGAAGCAACUGGAGAAGAUCAUCAAGGAGAUCGCCGAUUCAGGCGUCAAGAUUGUCAUCACGCAGAGCACGGUAGGCGAGCUUGCGCUGCACUACUUGAACCGGUUCGAAAUUCUAUGCGUCAAGAUCCUGAGCAAGUUCGAGGUGCGCCGGCUGGCGCGGCUGGUGGGCGCUACGCCGCUCGCGCGGCUCGGCGCGCCGAUGCCCGAGGAGGCCGGGUGGGUGGACGUUGUGGAGACGACGGAGAUCGGUGGGGACCGAGUGACAGUCUUCCGGCAGGAGGAUGGCAAGCUCGGCGGGAAGUCGAAGCCGAAGAUGGCGACGGUCGUGCUGCGCGGCGCGACAGCAAACCUCCUUGAUGACGUUGAACGGGCGAUUGAUGAUGGUGUCAAUGUGAUCAAGUCGCUCACCAAGGAUGCGCGCCUCGUCCCCGGCGCCGGCGCAACGGAGUUGGAGCUGGCGAAGCGCAUCAUGCGCUUCGGCGAAAAGACGCCCGGUCUGAACCAACACGCGAUCAAGAAGUUCGCAGAGGCGCUCGAGGUCGUGCCGCGUACGCUGGCGGAGAAUGCAGGUCUCAACGCCACGCAGGUCGUUAGCAGCUUGUACGCGCGGCACGAGGGCAAGGAAGGCAAGGGCGCCGAAGUUGGUGUCGACAUUGAGGACGAGUCCGAGGACGGCACAGUGUCUGCGACGUCCAAGCAGAUCCUGGAUGUGUUGUCGGCCAAGUACUGGGCGCUACGCUACGCUACCGGCGCAGCGGUCAACGUGCUGAACGUCGACUCGAUCAUCAUGGCCAAACCGGCGGGAAUCAAGGCGCCGAAGCAGAACCCGAACUGGGAUGAUGAUUAGCCGGCGGGUGGGCUAUUGUGCAGACUAGCCGAUGAAAGCUGAUCUUUGAUGAUGGUGCUGCGCAGUGUAAUCGUGUAUGUACAUGUGACAACACUGAACACUGCC